UAUUGAGAAUUUUUCGUGAUUGAUUUUUAUUUAUUCAUUUAUUUAUCACCUUUCAUAAGCUUUUCUAAAAAUGGCAUCAGACAUACCAUCUAUUUCGGAAUGGCUUCAAGGUCGAAACGUUUUCAUCACUGGCGGUUCUGGUUUUAUGGGAAAGGUUUUAAUCUAUAAACUGUUGAUCAGCUGUGAUCAUCUUGAAAAUAUUUUUGUAUUAAUUAGAAAAAAGAAAGAUGUCGAUCCGCAAUCUAGACUGCAAUAUAUGAUAAAAGAAAAUCCACUUAAAAUAAUUAAAGAAAAAUAUCCUGAAAAAAUAGAAAAAAUUAAAUUAAUACAAGGUGAUACUACUGACGAACAUCUUGCUUUAUCGACUGCCGAUAAACAAAAAUUAUUAAAAGAAGUUUCCAUAGUUUUUCACAUGGCGGCAAAUGUUAAAUUCGAUUUGACAUUAAAACAGGCAAUAACAAUAAAUACUCUGGGUACUAAGAAUGUUAUAAAUCUUGCAAAAGAGAUGGAGCAUUUAAAAUCCUUCAUUCAUGUUUCUACUUCGUACUGUCACUGUAAUGAAUCUGUACUUGAAGAAAGAAAUUAUCCUGCUCCUAUAGAACUUGAAAAAAUUGUAAAAAUAGUAAAUGAUACGACAGAUGAUUUUCAAAAAAUCAUGACACCAAAAAUAUUACAAGGAUUACCAAACACUUAUGCCUUUAGUAAAGCACUUGCUGAAGAUUUGGUGCAGAAGAGUGGUUUACCUGCAGGUGUUGCAAGACCUUCUAUAGUGGUCGCAUCAUGGAAAGAACCAAUGCCUGGUUGGAUUGACAACAUGAAUGGACCAACAGGUUUAAUGGUAGGUGCUGGAAAAGGAGUAAUACGAACUGUUCUCUGUAAUUAUAAUUAUUUAUUGAAUCUAAUUCCCUGUGACAUGGCGAUUAAUGCAAUGAUUGGAUUGGCAUGGAAAGUAGGAAGAGAAAAACCUGAAAAACCAAUAUUUAUGAACAUUACUUCUGGACUUGAAAACCCGAUUUCUUGGGGUUAUGCUGUAGAAACUGGAAAGAAAUAUACCAUAAUGUAUCCAUUCACAGGUUUACUAUGGUAUCCAGGUGGAAGUAUUACAACAUUAAAAUUUUACCAUUGGAUACGCGUGAUCUUAUUCCAUUAUAUACCUGCAAUUUUCAUAGAUAUUAUUAUUUUUCUAACUGGAAAUAAACCAUUUUUAAUAAGAGUGCAUCAAAAAGUUAAUAAUGGUAUAGGAUUGAUACAAUAUUAUACUACUAAAGAAUGGGAAUUUCGAAAUGACCGCAUGAAAAAAUUGCAACUUGAAUUAAAUUCAUCUGAUAGAGAAAAAUUCUUUAUGGAUACAAAAGCUAUAUCUUGGGAUAGUUACAUGUUGAAAUAUAUAUUAGGCGUUAGACAAUAUUGUUUAAAAGAUGAUCUUUCUACCAUACCUCGUGCACGGAAAGUUAUUAGAUAUUUAUAUUUUGCUGAUUGGUUUGUUAAGAUCGGAUUUACAAUCUUCUUUAUAUGGUUUCUAUUCUUGGAUAAAUUCAUCUAAACAUAUUACGAUCAUAUUUGAACUUAACAAAUUAUAGAUAUAUUGAUUAUAGAUAUAUUAUAAUAAUUGAUUUUAUCUGAAAAUGAUAAUAUAUUUCUUUAUUUUUAUUUUAUUUUAUUCUCAAAUGCUAAA